AACAGCUUGGAGGGAUUAAUCAAAGCAUACAUAUGCCUGCUAUAACCGAAAUUCCGAGUUAUCAAAUUACGUGUGUAUUCCUGUAAAUCUAGUGUUGUCCUGUUAUCAUGUGGAGUGUAAGGCGUGGCAUCGCCUCGGCGACCGCUGAAGGUCUUCGAAAGUUUUCCCCCAAUCUGGGAGAGUACUCCAAUCAACUUCAAUCAUGGUAUCCACCAGUUUCGCAUUCAACCAACUUUGUGAAGAACCUGGAAGCAACGAGCAAGUGUAGAAACUAUCUGAGAAUAACAGACGAACCCGAACUACCAAAUUUGGCAAAUAUUUCUGAGCAGGUGUCCCGUGGUUCUCAUACAAUACCUGUUGGCUCGACCAAGCUUAGAAAAUCGGUUUUAGACGAUCCGCCAAAGAAAUUUUGGCAAAAAAACGAUUCGGAAAAAUACCACCGAACUUUGAUGGAUUUAAAAACCAACUACUCGGCAAGCAAAUCAAACAGCACAAUUAAUGGAUCUAAUAAGCCUGAAGGGCAUUUAAUAAACUUAACGGAGCCUAAUAGCCAUAAAAGUAGUAAUACUCCAAAGAAUUCCACAAAAAAUAUUUUUAGAAAAAUAGUAGUGCCGAAUAUCCUUAAAUUCAAUAAUCCGAUCUUAAAAAUUCCAGCAACAAGGAGUGUUCAUAGCAAUUCUAUCAAUAUGAUAAAUGCACCAAAAUUUCUGACGAACAACAUUUUCCAAAAUAUUUCUUAUGAGUCAACUAAGCAAAUCGGGCAUGAAGUCAAUAUUCCUCCCCAUAGCUUAACGGGCCAUAGUAAAUCUCAUAUCAAUUCCAGACAGUCCCAGAAAAGGAGAAAUUUUCAGAAAAAUUCUAAGUAUUUUAGAAAGCCUGCUAGCAUUAAGAAAUUUAAAAACAAAAAUGAUCCUCAAAAAUCCACUACAUAUGGUUCAUCAACGGAACUGAAAACUGAGACUCAGAAUUAUUCAGAAAGGUCUCAGCCCCGAAAACAAUCUCGAAAGAAGUUUCGAAAGAGUACUGAUGAAAAACUUAAGACUAGAACCCUUAAGAUUAGAAAAUCGGCGAAAACUAAUAUUAAAAAUCGAAAAUCUAGCUCACGUUUCUCGAUGGAUUCACAAGACGUUAGUAACCCAAAGGCUAGAGGCCAAGUUUACACCGUGCCUAAGCCUAAAGAUGCGAAUGCAUCUCAACUUCCAGAUCAGUCCAAAAACGAAAUUGGCUUGGAGCUCAGCAACAUCACACAAUUUGAUCGAGAAUCCUCCACGACGUGGGUAUCUAAAUUGGAUAAGAGCUUUGUUAGUUCUGGGCCCACCGAUCUCUAUGAUUUUAGGCCCCUUGAUAUACAUUCUUACUUAAAGUUCUUCGAAUCCUCGCAUUCCAUUCCGCCAUAUACAAAAGUACCUUGGCCGACACCUAUUAAGCCCGUGAAAAGAAGUGCAAGGAGUAAAGAAAAGAAAGUAGUUCUACAUCUUGUAGAGAGAAAACCAAUUAAAAAGAAAUACUGUACAACUGGCUUGUGUAAGAGACCAUCCUGUUUUGCGAGACCAUAUAAAUACCACCUGUUUCGGUUUGAAAUCUGUCGGAGAAAACGCAAAGCUCCUGUGAAAGCUGUGUCCUGUCAGACAGAAGUCAACCGAAACAGAUGUGAAUUAUGUGAGUUCAGUCGACCAAAGAGCGAUCCCGAUGAACCAUUCAUGAUUGAGAUGAAGAGGCGUCAGAAUCGUGAGCAGUUGAAGCAGUACUAUCUAAAAAUGGCUGCGAGGGAAAAGAUGUCCUGUACGGAAACACUUUUCGAUAAAGAACCGGACUUGAAGCCCACAGAACCUACGACCAAAUCCUUUUCUAAGUCUAGGACUACUUGCAAUAAUAAUGUCGGCAAGAUGCGCCACGAAUUGAAGCAAUGUUUAGUUACGUUGAACCUUUGUGGUCGUCUUGUCGAAGAAUGGUUGCAAUUGUCCAGAUGCAAAAGGAGAAACUAAGCUGGUUUGGAUGCCGAACUGAAUUGGAGUAGAAACGUCGAAUCAUUCUAAUGUAUGAUGUAUUUAGUAUGUUUUUACUAUCGGACACGGUGUUCUUACUGAUGAUU